ACGAGCCAGUCCUGCGCUGCUGACAGGGGAGAAAGCUCGGAACGGUUUGCUGAACUUUUGCUUAAGUUUGCUUGGCUUACAAAACCGUUUACACAUACCAGUUUUAGAUUAUUUAGCGGUUCGUUCUGCUCUACGGCAUUACAUUCGAGAAAGGACAAAAUGUUAACAACUCUCACAGAACGUUACGACGCGUUUUUUAAGCAGAAGAACGUGGUAACGGAUUUUCUAACAGUGUUGGAGGAAAAAACUGGAGUCCAGAAACGGUAUAUUGCAACAGGUGCAGUGUCUUUAGUGGCAUUGUAUCUCCUAUUUGGAUAUGGCGCCUCUCUCCUCUGCAACCUGAUUGGUUUCAUAUACCCAGCAUACGCCUCCAUCAAAGCCGUAGAGAGUAGCAAUAAAGAAGAUGACACCAAAUGGCUAACCUACUGGGUGGUUUAUGGACUCUUCAGUGUGGCUGAAUUUUUCUCUGAUAUCUUCCUCUUUUGGUUUCCCUUUUACUAUGCAGGAAAGUGUUUGUUUCUUCUGUGGUGCAUGGCCCCGUUCUCAUGGAAUGGCUCUCAGAUCAUAUACACUCGUCUGGUGCGACCUUUCUUUCUUAAACAUGAAGCAGUGUUCGACAAUGUUGUCAGUGACUUGAGUGGCAAGGCCAAAAAUGCAGCAGAAUCCAUGGCAAAGGAAGGCCUUACAUUGCUGAACAGUGAAAAGGAUAAAUAAUUGAUGCAAUGGAUGUGAAUAAUCAUUUUACCAAGAGCCCUCUGUUUACAUUUAUUUUUUUUGCCUCAGUCAACAUUUUGUGAAAAAUUAAUUAAACCCACUGAAAUGAAGAAUCUGUGCUGCAACUGAGCCAGACAGCACAAUCACCACAAAAAUGGUUCUUUUACAGUUUUUGAAUUUCUCAAAAUGGUCCUCGGAUGUUGAAUUGAUAUAUAAUUUACAUAUCACUUUGACCAAUGAAAUGUUUAUUCACUUUUUUUUUUCUUCACAUUUUGGUAAAGUAAAUUGUUAACUUUUUAUAUUUCUUGCCAAAUAUUAUUUCAAACUUGUUUUUUUUUUUUUUUUCCCUGUUGUGUCUCAGGAACUGUUAACACUUAUUUGAACAUGUUUUAUUUGUUCAUUUAUGUAUUAGUUUUAUUCAUGUCCAAUGUCAAUGCAAUGUUCAUUAAAUGGUCAAAAGUAUGUGGAUAUCCCCUUCUAAAUAAUGGGGUUCAUUACUACAGUAAUUACUGUGAGGACAUAUCUUACGCCAUUAAAAGACAUUCUAUAGAAUUGUGCUUGCAACUGUGCUUUCUGCUUUAUGACUUUUAUACUGUUUUAUUUGUAAUUUACGAUUUUCAUUGGAAUGACUGGAAUAGCUAAACCAGUUAAUCCACAUACUUUUGGUCAUAUAGUGAUUUGUGAAUUUGCUAACAGCUCUGGUUUCACUCUGGAGGUCUGGAUGAGAAGGAAACUUAACAGCAGUGGAAGACCUUGGGAUUUUCUACUUGAUUUAUUCAUAACAUUUGUGGGUUAAGGGGUCUGAAAAUGAGACCCCAAAAAAUGAUGGAAAUAAAUUAUACCUGCUGUUUAUAACUGUAAAAUUGUUAAUGUAUAGUGUUUUUAUGGAGAGUUGCAGUAAGAAAUUGACUCAUUUAGUGUUAUUUAGAAAAUGUUCUUUUAGCCUGUAGAGUUUGAAGUUUUAUUACCUAUUUGACUAUACACUUCAUGCACAGUCCUCUUGUGUGCAGAGGUACUGUUUAUCUUAACAUGGUACUUAGUUUUGCAUAAAGUUUUAUAUCAACAGUUUUAGCCUUACUAUGAAUAACUCUAUAGUAACAGUAUAAUAUUAAAUAGAGUUUGGGUUUCAAAGCACUGCAUUGGUAUAACAACGCUGUAAUAUGUCCCUUUGGCUGCAAAACUGUUAUGCAACAGUGUUGUUCCUUAGUGUGCAGAGAAAAAUUAAGCCAGCACCCUUUCAGAAGCUACAGUACAUUGACA